GAAGAAGUCACAUCUAUUGCUUCUUGUUUCUCUGCGUCUAGAGCAGCUGUGGCAUAUCGGGGUGUCCGAAAGACAAAGCUGCUUUCUCUAUUGUUUGCUCUCUCCUUUUAAGUCUGCGCUAAUAGUUAUUUGAGAUUUUCUUUGGUUCCGACUGAAAAGGCCGAGGAAAGAAGAGUGAGAUUGAAGAGUUUGGUCCCUCUGGUGUCCAUCCUCUCAGCCUGAUUUUAAAUAUCGCCUUUUUUCUGAUCUCCGAGGAACCAUGAGCUUCCUUUUUGGAAACCGUUCAUCUAAAACUUUCAAGCCUAAGAAGAAUAUCCCAGAGGGUUCUCAUCAAUACGAGCUGUUGAAACAUGCCGAGGCGACGCUGGGGAGUGGAAACCUGCGCAUGGCGGUCAUGUUGCCGGAGGGGGAAGACUUGAAUGAGUGGGUCGCUGUCAACACGGUGGAUUUCUUCAACCAGAUCAACAUGCUGUAUGGAACCAUCACAGACUUCUGCACAGAGGAAAGCUGCCCAGUCAUGUCUGCCGGUCCAAAGUAUGAGUACCAUUGGGCAGAUGGAACCAACAUCAAGAAACCCAUUAAAUGCUCAGCUCCAAAGUAUAUUGAUUACCUCAUGACGUGGGUGCAGGACCAGCUCGAUGAUGAGACGCUUUUCCCUUCAAAGAUCGGCGUUCCCUUUAAGCGCAACUUCAUGUCCGUGGCGAAGACCAUUCUGAAACGCCUGUUCAGGGUCUAUGCUCACAUCUACCACCAGCACUUUGACUCCGUCAUGCAGCUGCAAGAGGAGGCCCACCUCAACACAUCCUUCAAACACUUCAUCUUUUUCGUUCAGGAGUUCAACCUCAUUGACAGAAAAGAGCUGGCUCCACUCCAGGAGCUGAUUGAGAAGCUGACCACUAAGGAUAGAUAAACACCAAUGCAAACUUGUAUUUUAUUGUUCUAGUUUUUGCACAGAUACCCAACCCCACCCUGGCUGUAUGUAUGCAGUAUAAACUACGUGGAUUUCCAAGGGGGAAAUGUUUUUAAUAUUGCCAGGAAGCAGACUGGGUUUUUUUUUUGAUAGGUUUAAGGCACCAGGACUAAUUUUAUCAGGGAUUACAGAUUUAAUUAACAGAGAAAAAAAACAUUUAGGUGUAUGGAGAAUAAUCCCUUGUAUCAACACACAAUGAUUUAGGAUUAUAGAGACAUAUAUUGUAUGUUCUUUCAUUUUCUCUUUUUCUUUUCUCCGAUGGUUCGACACACUCAUAAGGGAGAGGGACAGUAUAGAUUUUAUGGGGAAGAUUUGAGCCAGCUUUGAAGCUUAUUCAAUAGUUUUACUCUUAUCAUUUCAUUCUCAAUGAAAAGGUCAGACUUUAGUUGAGUCUUGUUGCCAUCAGUACAGAAGAACCCUAAGUGCCUAGCACGGCUCGUUGUCGCCCUAUAUCAACAGUGAGAACUGUAAAAAGAUUUAAGGCCAUAUUUGAUCAGCUUAGUUAAAAUUUUCCACCUACCUCCCUUUAAACCCAAAUAGCCCUGACUUCUCCCUCCUGUCCCAUAUCUUGUUUUGGAAAGUCUCCCUGCUGUGUGCUCUUGAGAGGGUGAUGAUUAAAUGAAUGUGUUAAAGGAUAUAGAAGUGAGAUUAGAGCUGUUUUUUUGUCAUUUUAGAGCAGGGACUAAUAAUAAGCUUUUAGGAUUGUCUAGUGACAAGUCCCUGUGUGCUAGUUUACCCACCUGAAACCUUUAUGUAGAAACAUUUCGCGACGGAUCCAAAACCUUAAACUGUACAUACAUACCUGCUGAUAGAUACAGAUAAAUAUUUAACCUCCACCGUUUUUGAGAACUGUAAGCAUUUUGAGUCAGAUGACACCACAUACUGUACCUUGGUAUCUGGAUAGCCAUGAAGCACUUUGAACAAGUUUUUUAACCACUCUUGCCUGAAUGUUUUUCUCUGCAAUAUGUUGAAUUUUGUGAGAAGCACGCAUAGUACUGUUAUAGCUUCAGGUUUUUCAGACCUAUGAUUAAUUAUUUCUGAGAUAAAACUAUUACUGUCUUAAAACAUUUUAGGGUUUACUUUCAGCAGCCAUUUUUUAAGUUGGUAUAUAAAGCCCUGCCGCGUCCUGAUCUGUUGGUGUAGACUUUUGGUUGGGCCGUUCCAACAUUUUUAGGUCGUCCUUUUGUUGAUUUGAACUCACUGGAAUGCUAAAAAGAACCCAGACGGCUUUCUGUGAGAGUCUUGAUCGAAAAGGACUGUUGUUUCAUGCAGGCACCCAGAAACCAAAGGUGUUUCUGAAGAAAGGUAACCACAAAGCAUGAUGCUGCCACCAACGUGUUUCACAAUAGAAAUGGUUUUCUUUAGAGUAUGUUUCCCUGUGAAACAUACCGUUCGAGCCAGUUUUCAGAGAAAACCUGUCCAGUUUCUUUCUUCUUUUUUUUUUUUUAUUCAUACAUCUAGUCCAGGCAUGUGAAUUAUAGAGGAGGUUUUUCCUCCCUUAUUCCCUCUGUUACAGUCUAUUUUAUUCCAUCUGGAAAAAUGCCACUUUAGUCUCACAUUUUAUCCAGGUAAUAAAUGUCUCAUUAACUAUAGAAACCUCUGGAAAUGUUUAUCAGGGUCUAAGUCUUAAAAACCUGAAUUCUUAACAGUAUUGUGUAGUUUUGAGUUUUCCUGCUGUAUCUCCUUCCUCAUAUUUUACCAAAUGAAUGUUAAACGGAUCGAUUUCCUCUGAGGUUAGCUGUAGGGCACAACUAAGGUUUCCUUAUGCUUAUGUGUAUUUUUUUUUUCCUAUUCUUUAAAUUAUAAUACUUUUGUGCUUUCUCCAGCCGAAGCAUGCUCCCUUUCCUAAUGUCAAAGUUUAGUUGCUAUGCAAUGACUGAAAACAACACUAAAAGGAUUACCAGUUGGCGCUUUCGUAUUCUGAAUCUUAUACAAACUUUCUUAAUAGUGCUUGAAUUUGGGUCAGACAGAAAUGGAAACCCCUCUCUGUCUGAUUUAGUAAAAAAAAAAGGCAUUUGAACGUUUUAUAACAGUAAUUUCUUGGAAGUAAAAAUGAUGCACACUUGUAAAUAUUGAGGAUUGACUGAUUUCUAAGUGAGCAUGAAGUGGUGGCUUUUUGUUAAAAUAAUACAUCGAGUCUUUUUAGAGGCUGCUUCGUCUCCUUUAUUCAGUUAUUGGAAAACUCAUGUUUUACAUAUUUAAGAUGUUUGUUUCACUUUCUUAUCUAAUUAAUAUGAAUGUUACUGGUCAGCAAAUACUCUAACAUGUAAUAGAAUAACCGGUCAUCCUCAUGAAAUGCCCAUAACAAAACCUCCAGCCUCCAUUUGAUCCUCUUUACUUUAUCAAUUGAUGAGAUGUUUGUAAAUAAUGGCUUGAUAUGGAUUUUCAGUGCUACUGAAUUGGUUAUGCUGUUUACAAGGCAAAUAAAGGUGGUCUUGACUCGCCGAAUCUUGUAUUUUU